UAUCUGGUCAUUGGUCUUUAGAAAACAAGAUGGAGGGACUCUCUUAUCUGUUCUUACUUUUGGGUGUCUUUUCCAUUCAGGGGAGUUCAGAAAACUUGGAAGAGAAUUUGGCAUUGAAAGGAACGGCUGUACAGUCGAGCACAUUUUACACUUCUGGAGCUGCACAGGCCAUCGACGGCAUCAAAUACUCUCCUUCAGGUACACCCUAUCCAGACGAAACCCAUGCAUACUGCUCCAUCACAUCAAACGAGCUCAACCCGUGGUGGAGGCUGGACCUGCUGGAUUCUUACAACAUUUCCAAUGUGACUGUCACCAACAGAGGUGACGGCUGGCCGGAGCAAACGACUGGAGUAGAGAUCCGCAUCGGAAACUCUCUGGAAAACAACGGCAACAACAAUCCCAGAUGUGGUGUCACUUCACUUGUCCCAGCAGGCAGUUCUGUCAGUUUCUCUUGUGGGGGAAUGGAAGGUCGUUAUGUGAACAUGUACCUCCCUAACAUCCAGAUGUGGCUCACGCUGUGUGAGGUGGAGGUUUAUGGAACAGACUCUUGUGAAGACUUCAUAUGACCCAGCACCUGUGAGUAGACGAUGCCUACCCUGCAAGGACUCCAGAUACAAAAUGAUGACAUUUUCAAUGGGUUGAAAUGCACACAGAGUUUGCUUGAAUGCAUAUCUGGUAUUUGUAAAUAUUAUAAUGUGAAUUAGAUUUCAACUGUUACAAGCUCC